AUGUCAUCACAAGCCCACUUCGAUCCCUCCAAUUACUUUAUCGACUAUGAAGCAGUUCUCGAUAACAAGGAAGCAAGAAAGAUCUUUCAAGACUUUCUUCAAGAUUGUAGAAAUGAAGAACCUCUACUUUUCCUCGAUACCUAUGCUGAGUAUUUCAGUGGGUAUGAACAGGUGCUGAAGGAGGUUUUUGGUGGCUGGGCAGAUGAAGAAAAGGUUUCACUCAAGAAUUCAUCAAAUUCUUCCAAACAAAACAAGAAUUUGUUCAGAAAUGAGGUUAUUUUACGAGUGGAGAAGAUUAUUCAAACAUUUAUUGAAUAUCAUAGUGAAAAAGAGUUGAAUAUUGGAACUAGUCAGAGUUGGCUGUUGAAUUAUUGGAAACUGGCUAAAGAGGAUUUGCUUGAUACGUUUAUUACUUUGACAGAUUUAAAGAUGGACCAAUUUCCAAGAUUUGUUCGUUCAGAAAAAUUACGAAACUUUCUGAAACUCAAAGGUGAAACCUUCACCAGAUCAAUUGGAUACGAUAUUUCCAAAGGAUACAAUGUCGAUUUGAGAUUUAAACCAAAAGACUUGAAAGAACAACUAAUUACCGACAAUCACAUUUACUUUGGUUUCACACUUGCCCAAGACACGCCAGAUUGGAAAUUAAUAUACGAAAGGGAAGAUUUAUAUUGUUACUCUUCGAACAGUACUUACUUUUUUGGAGAAUCGAAGGGAAUGAAGUUGUUGAAAGCUGUAAUGUAUCUGCCAUUUUCAUUGGAAGAUGUGUCAACAAUGUUAUUUGAUGCUGACAAUCAUAAUUCGUUUGAUCCUCAGACGAAAGGUUUCGAAUUGCAUGAUUAUAGACCUCCUAGUGGAUUGAAUGGCUUGGGUUCAGAAGGAAUUAAUUCUUCCUAUGCUACUCAAUGUCUUUCAAUCGGUAUUGACCUAUCUCUACCACUUGUCAAAAAACGACAACUGUCAUCUGUAGCAACCACCAUCCAAGAAACUGAUCUCUUAUUUCAUCUAUUACACACUGCUGAUUUCUCAGAAGAAGAAAUGCCAUCUCAAGGACACGUCAAGGCAGAUUCACUGAGCUACUAUCUAUUCUACAGACUUUCUGAUAGAUUUACAAGAUUAGUUCACGUGACCUAUACUAAUUUUGAUUUACCAUUCCAAACUAAUUUAUUAUCUGAAAUAUUUUGGAAAAAGAGAGCAAAAUUACUAUUUAAAGGAUUCACCAAAACUUUGAAUGUUUUAACUAAGAAUGGAACUGUGCCAGCUUCAGAUCAUGAAAUUUCUGAUUGUCAUAAACAUAGACAAGCUAUUGAGGAUAAUAAGAAAGUGUUUCCUGAUCGUUCUUGGUAUAAGGAAUGGUUAGAAUUGAACAACAAGACUAGACAAUUUUAUUAG